AUGAUCUCCCUCAAGGAAGUCGCUGCCGUCAUGGCGGCCUUUUCGCUCGCUGAAGCCUACUACAAACACGCUGGCAAAGAGAAGUACACCUGCUCGGACACGUGUGCCUCAGAGAUGAGGUUGAUCGAUGGCUAUGAGGAAGACUGCUACCAGUUUCUCGCCAAGGUUGUGCCUGGGUCUGUUGGACACCUCAGCAAGGUCCCUAAGCAGUACGAGUAUAUAUGCUCUGGCACCAUUGACUUUGUAAAUGCUUGUUACUGCCUUGCUCCUGACGAGCCUGAUUACGCUAUCGACGAGCACGUCAAGGAUAUCAACGGCCGGUACGCCAACGAUGAGUAUGUCAACGACGACAGUGUCAACAACGAGCUUUUCACCAACGAGCGUUUCAAUGACGAGAGAGCCAACAAUGGCAGACUCAGCAAUGGUAGACUCAGCAAUGGUAGACUCAGCAACGGCAGAGUCAACAACGGCAGAGUCAACAAUGAGAGCGCCAACAAUGAGAGUGCCAACGGCGAGAGCGUCAAUAGUGAGAGCGUCAACAACGAGGACGAUCCUACUGCCGCCCAAGAUACUGUGUUCAUCCCACAGACUAUUUCUACCACAAUUACUGAGCCUACUACGACAACCACCACUGAACCAACUACGACAACCACCACUGAGUCCGCGACAACUACCACCACUGAGUCUACGACAUCAAUAACUAUCGAGGCCACGACAUCGACAACCACCGAGUCUACCACAUCAACAACUACCGAGUCUACUAUGAUAACCACUACCGAAUCCACUACAGCUACUACCGAGUCUACUACAACCACUACUGAGUCUACAACAGCUACCGUCACGGCCAUCAUUGCAGACGCCAAUUGCCCAACCUGUCCCGCAACAUGCGACUCUCGCUUCACCUGCCGUGGAACUAUCAGCUACUGUAACGGCGGUACUACAUGCAUUUGUUUCAGGACUACUGAGGGAGACACUAUGUGCGCACUUAGUAGCGACUGCCUCUCAUCGGAGCAAUGUACCUCUUCGAAUGACUGCCCCGCGGACCAGAGAUGUAUCAGCCAGAAUUGCUGUGGAUUCAAUGUUUGCGUUGCGGAGGCCACUAAUGAACAGUGUGACCCUGCCAGUCAACAGAACAAUCUCUCGGCGCCUCCUGGACGACGUGCCAGAGGAAAUAGUCUCAGUUACUAA